GCACUGUACCCCAUCGCCUCCAAUUACCAGACUCGUCGAUCCAUAAUUGCAAAAUUUACCCUAAGGAAACGGGGAGAAAAAUGGCUCCCAGAUCUGCUGUUUUCUGUCUUUCCCUCUACCUCCUCGUCAUCGUCUUCUCAGUCUCUGGAACCGUCGGCGUUUCUGCGUCAUCCGACGAUGACCUGGUGGACGAACUGGAAUCUCUCCAGUCGAAGUCGCCCUCCGGAGUGAUUCAUCUAGACGACCGCCUCAUCUCCCGCUUCCUCACAUCGGUUAAAAUUCCACGCCCUUACCACCUUAUCAUCUUCUUUGAUGCCAGCUCCCUCCGCUCCAAAUCCGAACUCCACCUUCCCCAACUCCGCUCCGAGUUCGCCAUAGUCUCGGAAUCAUUUGCUGCCCACCACCGCGGCCUCCCCUCCGCUUCCAAGCUCUUCUUCUGCGACAUUGAGUUUGGCGAGUCCCAGUCUUCCUUCUCUAAAUUUGGUGUCAAUUCCCUACCCCAUGUACGCCUUGUCUCCCCCACAACCCGAUCCCUGAGCGAUUCAGACUCGAUGGACGCCUCUGCCUUCUCUCGCCUUGCUGACGCGAUGGCAGAGUUCGUUGAAUCCAAGACUAAGAUCUCCGUUGGCCCCAUUCUUCACCCACCGCCCGUCUCACCCCGCCAGCAAGCCGUCCUCCUCCUUGCCCUCCUCAUAGCUGCCCCCUUUAUCAUAAAAAAGGUCCUUGCUGGAGAAACCCUGCUGCAUGAUUCUAGGGUGUGGAUGGCCGGUGCUGUGUUCGUCUACUUCUUCAGCGUUUCAGGUUCGAUGCAUAAUAUAAUUAGGAACAUGCCUAUGAUGAUGACCGACCGGGAUGGGCGUCCGGUGUUCUUCUACCAGGGAUCGGGGAUGCAGUUGGGUGCGGAGGGAUUUAUCGUGGGGUUUCUGUAUACUCUGGUGGGUUUGGUUCUGGCGAUCGUGACACAUGGAUUGGUGCGUUUGAAGAGUGUGACGGUGCAGCGGGGAAUGAUGCUUGCGGCGAUGGUUGUGGUGUAUUGGGCUGUUGGGAAAGUGAUUUCUUUGGAUAAUUGGAAGACAGGAUACAGCGUCCAUGCUUACUGGCCUUCCAGCUGGAAAUGAAGAAAAUUUUUGAAAGGUAUCAAGGCUUAUGCCAUAUCAUUGAGAUGUUCACUAUUGAUCAAGUUGGUAUUAGAGUAUUGCUCGUUGAUGCAUGAUGCAAGCAAAGAGGUGAUAUAAAGCAAAAGGAGAGCCGCUUCUUGUUUUGUACUCGAGUCGAAAGCCAGUAAAGAGAUAAGGAUAAAAAGAAGAAGAAAGCCAAUCAAUGGCUAAGAAUGAUUAUGCAGCAACUUUAGCUAACCAAGUGGCUAGAAUGACAUAAUAGAUUGAUCAUGGAGUGGAUAAGAAUGCAACCAAUCAGUAUUCACUGCUAUGACUAGUCGAGUCAUAUUUAUCUGUAUGAUGAUAAGUAAGACAUGCUACAACUCUUGAAGGAAGAAUUCAUUGAAAAUAUAUGCUAAAUUGGAGAUUCCAACGUA